AUGGCUGCACUUGCAGCGUUCGCUAUUUCUGGUGUGCAGGCCCAGACCGGCGACUCUAUGUGCAACUUGCAUUUCUGUAUCACUGCAAUCUUGAAUGGCAGCACGACAACUUUCGAAGUUCUUAUUCCUUCAAGUGCAGAUCAGAUAGGAUGGAUUGGAACAGGUUUCGGAACCCAGAUGCCGGGUUCCCCUUUGGUUGUUUUGUGGCCGAACGCGGACGGCACCGUGACCUUGUCACAGCGGAUGGCGAGCGACUACAUCAUGCCCACCGUGCAAGCCAAUCCUCCUCGUGUCGCCACGCUCUCUCAGCAACUCACCACCCUUGGUGUGAGCGAGACUCGCAUCACCUACACAAUCCCGUCGGAUCAGAGUACUCAGCAGAACCUGUUAUGGUCCAUUUCCUCCGCAAGACCGCCUUCAAGUGCAGUGGACGCGCAGCUCAUUCAGCAUUACGACCAAGGCACAUACACCCUUGAUCUGUCUAAGCCCCUGUCCGCCUUAGCCCCAUCAUUGACAAGCUCAUUCCCACCUGCACCCUCGGCGACUUCCGUUGCCAGCGACGAUGACAGCAACAACGGCGGCCCUACGCUUACCGAAAAUCCUUUCACACCGGCUGAUACCAUGAUAGUAACUCAUGCGGUACUAUGCUCACUCGCCUUCGGAAUUCUCAUGCCAUUGGGUUCACUCUUCGCCCGCUUGGCACGGACGUUUAUCCCUCAAUGGUUCAUCAUCCACUGGGUCAUCAACUUCUGGAUUGCUCUGCCCCUCGCGGUGGCCGGGGUUGGGUACGGAAUUCAUCUGGUGAACAAUAGUCACGUCCCGCACUUGGACACCAACCACACACGUGCCGGUGUUGCUGUCUUUGUUCUUGCCUUCGUCCAAUGGACCCUCGGUUUUAUCAUCCACUACCUCAAGCCCAAGGCUGGUUGGUCUGCCCGCCCGCCGCAGAACUAUGCCCAUGGUGUUCUGGGUGUCGUGAUCAUCGCCCUUGCUUUCUACACCAUCUACGCUGGUUUCACUCAACAGUGGCCACUUAUUACCGGACGCAGUUACCCGCAUGGGAUCAUUAUCCUUUAUGGGGUUUGGGUAGCGAUUAUCGCGCUCGCGUAUGUGGCGGGUAUGACCCUGCUGCCGAGGCAGUACAGACAGGAGGCAGACCGGCAGGCAGAGAAAGACCGGUCGGGUUCGGACAUGAUCGCCAUGCGACCUUGA